UGGAGGAGCGACGGCAGCUGGGGGCAGUGACAGCUCGGAGCUCCGCUAGGCUAGGCGGCGGCGGGGCGACAAACCGCACGGCGAGGGAAGGAAGACCAAGUGGCCCCGGCAGCUGCUGUCGCCUCUUUCCCAGCUCCCGGUACCUCUCCGCUCUUCCUUGCGCGCAAGAUGGCUGACCCGGCUGCGGUGCCGCCGCCGAGCGAAGGCGAAGAGAACACGGUCCGCUUCGCCCGCAAAGGGGCCCUCCGGCAGAAGAAUGUCCAUGAGGUGAAGAACCACAAAUUCACCGCCCGCUUCUUCAAGCAGCCCACCUUCUGCAGCCACUGCACCGACUUCAUCUGGGGAUUCGGAAAACAGGGAUUUCAGUGUCAAGUGUGCUGUUUUGUAGUCCACAAGAGAUGCCAUGAAUUUGUCACCUUCUCCUGCCCAGGUGCUGAUAAGGGCCCAGCCUCUGAUGACCCACGGAGCAAGCAUAAGUUUAAAAUCCACACUUACUCCAGUCCAACAUUUUGUGAUCACUGCGGCUCUUUGCUGUAUGGGCUCAUUCACCAAGGAAUGAAAUGUGACACCUGCAUGAUGAACGUGCACAAACGCUGUGUGAUGAAUGUCCCCAGCCUCUGUGGAACAGACCACACUGAGCGUCGAGGACGGAUCUACAUCAAGGCCCAGAUUGACAAAGAAGUUCUCACUGUUGUUGUAAGAGAUGCAAAAAAUCUAGUACCUAUGGACCCUAAUGGUCUAUCAGAUCCUUAUGUGAAACUGAAACUCAUCCCUGAUCCCAAGAGUGAGAGCAAGCAGAAGACCAAAACCAUCAAGUGUUCCCUCAACCCUGAGUGGAAUGAGACAUUUAAGUUUCAACUGAAAGAGUCGGACAAAGACAGACGACUUUCUGUGGAGAUCUGGGAUUGGGAUCUGACCAGCAGGAAUGACUUCAUGGGGUCCUUGUCCUUUGGGAUCUCAGAGCUGCAGAAAGCUGGUGUUGAUGGAUGGUUUAAAUUACUAAGUCAAGAGGAAGGAGAGUAUUUUAAUGUUCCAGUUCCUCCUGAAGGAGAAGAAGGCAAUGAAGAGUUCCGGCAGAAAUUUGAGAGAGCCAAGAUUGGCCAGGGAACCAAGGUUACAGAAGAAAAGACAGCCAAUGCAAUAUCUAAAAUUGACAACAAUGGAAACCGAGAUCGGAUGAAACUGACUGAUUUUAACUUCCUCAUGGUGCUGGGGAAAGGCAGCUUUGGCAAGGUCAUGCUUUCAGAAAGAAAAGGCACAGAUGAACUCUAUGCUGUGAAAAUCCUGAAGAAAGAUGUUGUGAUCCAGGAUGAUGAUGUGGAAUGUACAAUGGUGGAGAAGAGGGUGCUUGCUCUUGCUGGGAAGCCUCCAUUCCUGACACAGCUACACUCCUGUUUCCAGACAAUGGAUCGCCUGUAUUUUGUGAUGGAAUAUGUGAAUGGUGGAGAUCUCAUGUACCAGAUCCAGCAGGUUGGACGAUUUAAGGAGCCUCAUGCUGUAUUCUAUGCCGCAGAAAUUGCUAUCGGUCUUUUCUUCUUACAAAGCAAAGGCAUCAUUUAUCGAGAUCUAAAACUCGACAACGUAAUGUUGGAUUCUGAAGGCCACAUCAAGAUUGCUGACUUUGGCAUGUGCAAGGAGAACAUCUGGGAUGGAGUGACCACCAAGACAUUCUGUGGCACUCCAGACUACAUUGCUCCUGAGAUAAUUGCCUAUCAACCUUACGGGAAGUCGGUAGAUUGGUGGGCAUUUGGAGUGCUGCUGUAUGAAAUGUUGGCUGGCCAGGCUCCUUUUGAAGGAGAAGAUGAAGAUGAACUUUUCCAGUCUAUCAUGGAGCACAAUGUGGCCUAUCCCAAGUCUAUGUCAAAGGAAGCUGUGGCCAUCUGCAAAGGGCUGAUGACCAAGCACCCCGGGAAACGUCUGGGAUGUGGGCCUGAAGGUGAACGAGAUAUUAAGGAACAUGCAUUUUUCCGGUAUAUUGACUGGGAGAAACUUGAACGCAAGGAGAUUCAGCCCCCGUACAAGCCAAAGUCUUGUGGGCGAAAUGCCGAAAACUUCGACCGGUUUUUCACCCGCCAUCCACCCGUCCUAACACCUCCUGACCAGGAAGUCAUCAGGAACAUUGACCAAUCAGAAUUCGAAGGAUUUUCCUUUGUUAACUCUGAAUUUUUAAAACCUGAAGUCAAGAGCUAAGUAGCUGUGUAGAUCUCCGUCCUCCAUUUCUAUCAUGCAAUCCCAACAGCUGUCUUGGUGAUCUUUUUCAUUGCAAAGUUGCAUUUGUGAUUUUUUUUUUGUAGUCAGACUAGAGUGACCAUAUUUCAGAGCCAUAAGUGUUUUCAAGUAGUUAAGAGUAUCUCUAGCAUCUGGGAUCAUGCAGAUGUGGUGAAUAAAAUGGUACAGCACAUAAAUGCACAUUAUCAAAUUGUGCUCAGAGUUGAUUCUAUCCCUAUGUUAGCUAACCAACCUGGUCAAAAGAAAGGAAACUUAUCUUUCACUUCAUAUCCCUUGUUCUCCCUCAUCAUUUUAAUAGAUCCUCCAAGUUAGCUAAGGAUCCAGUUGACCAUUGGGUAAGAUAUUUAACCCAACAACCUGAGACCACUUUAGUAGACUAGCCUUUUUCUUGUCCUAGCAGGAAAGACUGAAGCAUUUAGCAUUUAACUUGUCCCAUGAUCCAUAUGUAUCCUAAUAUUUGAAAAUUUCCCUUUUUUUUCCAAAGAAAAUAAUGAGAUCUUAAAACCACAAAAGGAACCAUAUUCCUUUUUUUAUCUAUGAACUAAGAUUACAUAUUCUCCUUUAAGGGUAUGCUUUUCUAUUUCUAUGGUAGAACUGAGGGAAGAAUCAACUGUAAACAGGCAUUUCAGCUAGAUUGUCAUUCUCUAGCCCAUCCUCUGCCAUAUAGAUAACAAAUCCUGCUGCUGGUGAUCUAAUAUGGCUGCUUGUUACAUUACUGUCAUGAUGCUUUUGCUUCCAAAUAGCAUAUAUCCACCACCAUCUCCAAACUACUUGAAAAGGGCACUUUGGAACAAACUCUUGAAAGCUCAUGGUCACUCUAGUUAGCUCCCUACAUAACAUGGUUUUACAUUACAUUCCAAACUUGAUUUUCUUGGGGGGAGGGGGGGUUGAUUGUCAUUCAAAUGCCAAAACAAUUAUUCACUUUGUUAUGCGUGCUUCAAAUAUGUGUCCAAAAUGUUAUUAACAACAAUGAACUGCUAUGAUUUUAAAAAAGAAGAACCAUGUGAAAUCUAACCAUACCUGUAAAAAAAGAAAGUGUCGGAAUGGAUUUUCAUGCAGAUACUUGCCUUUGGAUAUAGGAUUUGUCUGGAUUUGUUUCUGCCAUUGGGAAGAUAAUUAAGAGCUUUGGGGAGGACAAGUCUCUUGAAACAGUCUUAUCAUUUCCUUUUAUGAUGUUUUGUGAGAUGUUUGUGCAAGUGUCAGUUUGUAUUGGUAUGCUUAAUAUCUGUAAUGUGCCAAUUUUUUUUUCAGUAUUGAGAUAUAAUAAAAAUGGAAAGAAAGAGAAUCAAAA